AUGCUGAUGGUCAAGACCGCAGAGUACACUCAAGUAGAGCCUUUGCCCUCAGGGAAGAGGAGGAAAGCAGAGGAUGAUAUGAACGGCAUGGUUUCGAAGAAGCAAAGAACACGAGUAAGCUUCUCCUGCGGCGAAUGCCACCGCCGAAAGCAAAAGUGCGAUCGCCAAGUACCUUGCUCGCAUUGCAUUGCCCGUAAAGUGCCCGAACUAUGCAAGGCAUACACACCCGGCAAGGCCGAUCAGGACCUCAAUGCCCGACUGUCCAGGCUGGAACAUAUCAUCGAGAUGGCCCUGCCGCAGUUUUGUACUCCUGGUAGCACUGCAGGGACUCCCGCUCCGUAUUCAAGCGAGCAUAUCUCGAAUACCCGCCACAGAACGCCAUCCAACGGUGACGAUGACACCAGGUCGCAGACGGAGGAACAGGACCCAAGUGGGGGGAUUUUCCAGAGUGGAAAGUGGUACGGGAAUAGCGCCUCGGGUAGCGUAGCGCCGGCAUCCGUGAUUGAGCAGAUUGAGCAUGUAGCCAUGCCACCCUCGGGUCAUGAUCACGAUAGCAAUGGACGUUCACACUCUGACGAUAUUGUGCCUUCUUUGGCGCCAAUUCAGACCGCCACCACCACUGACGACCUUGAGCCCUCCGCCGCUGAUAACUUGAAGUCACUAGUGCAAGAAUGCGGCGUCUCGCCUCAUAAAAUUUCAGAGUUAUUGCAAGAACUUCCACCGGUCAGAGUUACCGACGUUUUGAUCGAUUAUUAUUUUACUUCGCUAAAUUGGACUCGAUACCCUGUCUCUGAACGAGAUUUCCGUGCGGCGUACUCCUCAAUAUGUGCCUGCAGUCGAAAUGGCAUAGGCGCAGCAAAUCCGCAAGAUGUUCGUUUCUUGCCGCUUCUAUUUGUUGUAUUGGCCAUAGCAGUAAGGUUGGCGCCUGAGCCCAUAGCUGGCGAUGCGCGGACUCGGCGGGUUACUUCACUCCGCUAUUAUUGGUCAUCACGACGAUCGCUACUCAUCGCGGCGGCCAUUCAACCGGACUCUCUUGAUAUUGUCCUCACACGUUUACUGAGCGCUCGUUUCUUGACGUUCGAUCGCCGAAUAACUGAGUGUUGGAGCCAGCUUGGCGCGGCAGUACGCACUGCUCAAGCUCUGGGACUUCACAGGGAUGGAUUGGCAAUGGGGAUGCCGGCUGGUACGGUCGAAUAUCGCCGACGCAUUUGGUCCUAUCUGUACCAUGCCGACAGAUCGUAUGCGCUCGUUCUGGGCAGACCAAAUUCCAUCCAAGAUGAUUACACCUCCACAAAGCCACCAUCAAACAUUGACGGCGAACCGCGAGGGUCUCAGUCCGUGGAACCUCUUCCUCUAUCACGGCCGACUCCGAUGACAUUCGUUAUUUUGCGACACCAACUUGCGGAAAUCAUUGGUCGCAUGGUUCAUCACUUUCAGCAAGUCCGAGAAAAGAGCCAUUAUUCUGAAGUCCUCGCUCUCGAUGAUGAACUGAUCAAGUUUAUCAAUAACCUUCCGAUCCACUACUCCCUACAGCCGGACACUUCUCUGGAUCACACAUCCACCUACAUUCCUGUUCAUCGAUUCCUCUUGAUCACAGAGAUACUCUUUGUCAGGAUCAGCCUUCAUCGACCGUACAUGCUAAGGCGAUUGAACUCGGAGCGUUAUGCGAGAUCUCGCAAUGCUUGCUUCGAAUCGGCCAUUAAGGAUUUCGAAGUGCGGCAAGCCUUUCGCGAAACCAUGUCGCAGGAAGUGCGGGACUCCCUUGGCAAUGCCUACCGGGAGUUUCAAACAGCAAUGAUUUCAGGCAUUUAUUUCGUCUUGGAGCCGAAUGGUCCGCACGCCGACGCAAUGCAUGCAAUACUAGAUGGAUUCAUGAAGGAUCACGAAGGCAUGCGUGAGAUGGAUGAAACCACUCGACGGGAACUCAAGACGAUUGAAUUCCUCAAGAGCAAGGCGUCCCAAGUCGAUGCGCUUGGUUUACCACCUCGGCGCUUCUCAAGGCUUCAUGACCAAUCGCUUAGUCGACAAGAACAACAGGCCCAGUUGCUAUUAAGCAUGCAACAAGCUGCAUCCCCGUCCUCCACCAAGAGUUAUACACCGCUUUCAAGCGCAGCGGGCAAGGACGCUGCUUCUCCUCAAUCUCCACUUCAACGAUCCCUUGUUCAGUCUCCGACGUUGCAGCGACUUCAGCAAUCCAAUCAACCGGACAACAUCCACUCCCCAACAACAUCUGGGAGUCCGCAUGCAGAUGACGAAUCUCCAGCCCAGUCUCUCCUUGACACAUGGUGCAAUACCGUUAGCAAUGUUCCAAUAGAUAUGUCAACUGGUGGCAUGUCUUGGGGUGGCUCAGUGGGCACCGAACUAUCUGGGUGGGCCGGUAUUACAUAUACUGUUACAAACCCAGACCCGCGGCUCCUUUCCACCUUAGAUGGCUCAGAUUAUGGUUACUGGGAGGCGCUCGUAAAUCAGAUCCACCGUGGCCCUUAA